AUGUAUGCAGCCUGUACAGCACCAGAAUCAAUAAUCGGUACAGCACCACAGUCGAUAGUCUGCACAGCACCAGAGCCAAGAAUCUGUACAGCACCAGAGUCGAUAGUCUGCACAGCACCAGAGCCAAGAAUCUGCACAGCACCAGAGUCGAUAGUCUGCACAGCACCAGGGUCAAGAAUCUGCACACCACCAGAGUCGAUAGUCUGCACAACACCAGCGUCAAGAAUCUGCACACCACCAGAGUCAAGAGCUUGUACAGCACCAGAGUUACGUGUCUGUACACCACCAGAGUCAAAGUUGGGAGUCUAUACAUCACCAGAGUUGAGAGUUUGUACAGCACCAGAGUCAAGUGUCUGCACACCACCAGAGUUGAGAGUCUGUACAUCACCAGAGUCAAGAACUUGUACAUCACCAGAGUCAAGAACUUGUACAGCACCAGAGUCGAGAGUCUGUACAUCACCAGAGUUACGUGUCUGUACACCACCAGAGUUAAGUAUUUGUUAA